UUUAGAAAAAAAAGAAAAAAAUGAUUGGUGGAGGUAUUGCUUUUUAUCCAACACUUGCUUACAAUUUAUUUCGUAAUUAUAUUCAACCAACAAAAUGGAGUUGGUAUUCUCGUGUAAAUGAUACUUUAAUACUUGGGGCAAUUCCUUUUUCUUCAAUGCUUGAAGUUUUGAAAAAUGAGGAAGGAGUUGGGGGAGUUGUUUGUUGUACAGAACAAUUUGAAUUGGAUGCUGCUUGGGGAGCGAUAAAACCAAAAGAAUGGAUAAAUAAUGGAAUUGAAUUUCAUCACACGCCAAUGAAGGAUUUUUUUGGAACAACUUCACAAAAAGACAUGACUAGCGCUGUUGAAUUUAUUGAAAGGAUAACAAAUCAAGGCAAAACUUGUUAUAUUCAUUGCAAGGCAGGAAGAACAAGAAGUGCAACAGUCGCUGUUUGCUAUUUAAUGUAUAAAUAUGGACAAAAUGUUGAAGAAGCAAAAGCAACACUUUCUAAACAACGCCCACAAAUAUUGCUUCAUGAAGUACAUAUGCAAACUGCAAAUGAAUUUCGUCAACAUCUUGAUCGGAUAAAAGAAGGAAAAAAUUAA